UAAAGUGGCCACACGGUGUGCCAGUCCGUCCAAGCAGUCGCUUACAUCCCAGAUACGCCGCCGCGCAGCGAGCGCAGAAAGACGCGUCUGCCAAGUCCUGUCCGCUCCACUUGGUGACGUGCACCGUGGUACACAGACAGGCCACUUACCGAGCAGCACACAGCCGCUGCCGCUGCACAGUGUUGUUGCCUUUUCUGUAAAAUGUAACAGUAAUCUUUGCGGGAUAACGCCAGCAUUCAUACAUAAGCAGCGUCGUAGCAAAACAAGGACAGACGCCGGGGGACAGGAGCAGCGAGCGGCCGGAGAGGUGUAGACGGCAAUACUCAGAAGAUCUAAUUUGUCUGUGAUGAGCUUCCCCAUCCACCAGAGACCAAAGGCCUGCCCCUGUUGUUCCCUCUGAAAGGAAGAGUAAGUGAUGUCUCGCCACCACCACCGCUUUGAGAGGGACUACCGGGCACCCUGGGAGCGGAGAGGAGACAUCCGUCCUUCUGGCCUCCACAAUGGAGGAACCAGUCAUAACUGUGCUUCUGCCGUUGUCAAUGGCAACAACCGCCCGGGGCUCCUUCCCCUCCCAGUCAUCCCCUCCCUCCUCCCAACACCAGUUACAGUUGCCGUGACAACAUCCAGCGGUGACAUAGCGGUCAAGCGAGGCAUCACGGCAGCAGGAUCAGUGGCUCCGGCAUCAGCAAAGGUCUCUGGUCUGUCUCCUGGAGACAGCCAGACCCAAGGACUGCUGCUGGCACCAGGGGUGAGAUGGGGACAGACACCCAUCAACCAGCUCACACCGUGGGAUACAGAUGAGCCCCCUGCUAAGCAACACAGAGACAGUGAUCCCACAGGUCCAACCUGGGCUACACCGGUAGCAGCGGUGAGUCAGCCCAGCCUCCUGCCCCACACCUAUGCCCUACCCCAGCCACCCUCCUUCAACCACAGUGUGACUGCACAGUCACCCAUCAUAGGAGUAACCCCAUCCAUCCAGACACCAGUGCUCCCGCAGCACCCACUCAUGACGGCCCACUUCCAGCUGACACCACAGUCGACCCAGCAGCCACCCUCUAUGGUGCUGAGCAUGCCCGGCCAGCCUCCUUAUCCCUCCGCUCAGCCCACAGUUACACCUUCCGCCCUCACUGCCCAAGCAAACCAGGUGGUUCAUCCAAGCCCUCACAAUGUGAUGGGCAACGGCCACUUAACCUCUCACCCUGGCCUCAUCCAGCCCCCGGCCCUGCCUCUGACCAACGGACAGGAUGGACCUAAUGGGCUGCAAAUGCUGCGGACAGUCGGGAUGGGGAAGUACGAGUUCAGUGACCCAGGACAUCCAAAAGAGAUGUUGAAGGAGUUGAACCAACAGCGCAGAGCGAAAGAGUUUACAGACCUGAAAAUUAUUGUUGAAGGCAAAGAGUUUGAAGUCCACCAAAAUGUUCUAGCUUCCUGCAGCUUGUAUUUCAAGGACCUGGUGAAAAGGUCACUGGGGGAGACGAGGAGCGGGGAGAUGCUGGAGCUGAAAAUGAGCAACAUCAACGCUGAUGUGCUGGAGCUGCUGCUCGAGUUCGUCUACACGGGGUCACUGGUCAUCGACUCGGCCAACGCCAAGACGCUGCUGGAGGCCGCCAACAAAUUCCAGUUCAACACCUUCUGUAAAGUUUGUGUCUCCUUCUUAGAGAAACAGUUGACCGCGGCUAACUGCCUGGGAGUGCUGGCUAUGGCAGAAGCUAUGAGUUGCACAGAGCUCCACAACAUGGCCAAAGCGUUUGCACUGCAGAACUUCCCUGAGGUGGCAGGGCAGGAGGAGAUUUUGAGUGUCUCCAAGGAGGACCUGGCAGCAUAUCUGUCCAACGACAGUCUGAACACAAAGGCUGAGGAGCUGGUCUACGAGACAGUCAUCAAAUGGAUCAAACGGGACCCCGGCUCUAGAGUGCAGCAUUUGUCUGAGCUGUUAGCGGUGGUGCGUCUUCCCUUCAUCCACCCGUCCUACCUCCUCAAUGUGGUGGACAAUGAGGAGCUGAUCAAAUCAUCAGAGGCAUGUCGUGAUCUGGUCAACGAAGCCAAACGUUACCACAUGCUGCCCCACGCACGACAAGAAAUGCAGACGCCCAGGACCAGGCCAAGGCUUUCUGCUGGUGUAGCCGAGGUGAUAGUUCUGGUGGGAGGGCGUCAGGUGACUGGGAUGAACCAGCGCUCCCUGACAGCAGUCACCUGUUUUAACCCCCAGAACAGUAAGUGGUACCCGCUGGCCAGCCUGCCCUUCUAUGACCGCGAGUUCUUCAAUGUCAUCUCAGCAGGAGACAACAUCUACCUGUCAGGUGGUAUCGAGUCAGGUGUGAUGGUGGCUGAUGUAUGGUGCUACAUGUCCCUAUUAGACAACUGGAAUCUGGUGUCUCGGAUGACUGUGGCUCGCUGCAGACACAACAGCCUGGUGUAUGACGGAAAGCUCUACGCCAUCGGAGGACUUGGCGUAUCAGGGAACCUGGACCACGUGGAGAGGUAUGACACCAUCACCAACCAGUGGGAAACAGUGUCCCCUCUGCCCAAGCCAGUCCAUUCUGCAGCGGCCACGGUGUGCGGAGGGAAGAUCUAUGUGUUUGGAGGUGUGAACGAGGCCGGGCGGUCGGCCGGUGUCCUCCAGUCCUAUGUACCGCAGACCAACACCUGGAAUUUCAUUGAGUCGCCCAUGAUAGAUAACAAAUACGCCCCUGCAGUGAGUCUAAAUGGUUUUAUAUUCAUCCUGGGAGGAGCCUAUGCUCGGGCCACCACUAUCUAUGACCCGGACAAAGGCAACAUCAAAGCUGGUCCCAACAUGAAUCACUCUCGGCAGUUCUGCAGUGCUGUGAUCCUGGACGGGAAGAUUUACGCCACAGGAGGUAUUGUGAGCAGUGAGGGUCCAGCCCUUGGCAACAUGGAGACCUUCGACCCCAGCACCAACACGUGGACACUCAUGCAGUCACUGCCCUGCCCGCUCUUCAGACACGGCUGCGUGGUCAUCAAAAAGUACAUCCAGAGUGGCUGAGCGUAGCUCGGACCCGAUCGCACUGGGUCGACGCCAAACACCAGCUGAGCUCCAGUAGUGGGACAAUGUGCACUGGCAACUUAGGGCAGGGCCAGGUGGUCAGCAACCUCUGGACUUGACGCCAGCACCCAUCCACCAUGUCACCCGUCCCACAGCCCCCCAACCCCCCACCCCUAAAAAAGCCCUGUGCAGAAUGUACUUAUGCUCAAGUACUCAGCCAUGUCAGGUGACGAUGCCUAACCUCCAGUACUGUAUGUGUCAUGGUAGUAGUUCAUCCUGUCAUCCAAUAGGCAUAGGGUCCCUCUUAGUAAUUUACAAGCUACUUGGUUUUUAAGGAAGAUUUUCAGCACUGUCUUUUCCCAGUCUCACUAAACUCACCACCUCCGUUUCUUUCAUGUACUCCGAGUAAAGAAAGCCAUUCAGGUCCAAUCGCUUUUGAGUAAAUUAUGUUUGACAGGUUUCUAAGUGUUGUAUGAAUGUUUUUCGGUAGUGACAUCUAUAGACAGGAGGAAAAGUGAAGUAAAGGUGUUUUCCUCUUUAUCAGUGGGUUUGACGAGUCUCUUCUCUCGCCACUGAAUCAGGAAGUGAAAUUCCUACUGUGAAAUUUUUAAAAGCAGAUUCUGAACUCUGUGUAACCUGAUUCUUUCAAAGGCUUGCUAAACAUAGGAAAAACCAUCACUUCUAGGUCAGGGAGGGUUUGAAAAGCGAAAACCUUUAUUUUUUCUGUUCUUGUUUAAUUCCAGCCUGAUUGAGACAUCAUCUGGAGGGUGAGUGGCCUGUUCUUUUCCCUUUCAUUUACAUUCUCUUGCUCUGUGGGACAAAGAAAGCAGUACACUAAUGGAGAGAGAGAGGGAAUUUCUCUUUUCAACUGACGCCUGCUCAGAUGUUCAAGUUGGGACAGUUGCUUUGGAUAAAAGCACAAUAAUCACCUGUGACUGUUAUUGUUGAUUCAUGUUUCUGUCUUUCAUCACUUCUCCUCCCCACCCCCUUUUUUGUUUUAGACAAUGUGAUUCAUUGCAACCCACAGAUUAUACUGGGUUCUUAUUCUGUAAAUACAGGAAGGAGAUAUGUAUAUUUUAAAACCUGAAGGCAAUUCUGUAUAAAUGUUUUUAGAAAACAAAAGCUGAUAGGUUGGAAUCAAAAUGUCUGUAAAUCUAUACCCAGAAACUAACAAUUAUUAUUGAAACCUAAUACAUAUACCAGAACAUGAA